CGUCGACCUAGUCUAAAUGGUGCGAUGAUGUAAUGUAUCCUCGGGCGAACAGGCUGACCCGCUGCCAGGAGGCAGACCGUCAACCAAAGAACUUCUUUCUUUCUUCUCCUCGUUCUCCUGCUCCUCAUCUUCCUUCUCCUCCACAUCCUGCUCAUCCAGUGGCCGCCCAGGUGUCGCUGGCGGACGCGUCCACAGUCUCCUCGGUGAACGCCACCGUGGACGCCGACCCGGUGUCUUCUCCCCACGUGGAGCCUGGCGCCACCAGCAGCACCAUUCGCACCUUCAAGCUGCGGCUGUGCAACGCCUACGCGUGGCCCGAGCCGGUGGAGAUGAGCCGUGUGCAGGAGCCAAAGCUGGUGGAGUACCCGCUGGCGUACAAGGCAGAAGCCCUUCGGUAG